AUGGCGGCGGCCGCUCUGUCCUUGCGAGGGGUGCUUCGGGCGGGUUUCUCGGCGACGAGGAGGACCAGCCUUGCGUCGAGGAGGAGCUACGCAUCGUCCGUUUCCCCGACCGGCGAGAAAGUUACGCACACGGGACAGGUUUAUGAAGAAUAUGAUUACAGGCAGGUUCGGUUUGUUGGACGACAGAAAGAGGUCAAUGAGAAUUUUGCAAUUGAUUUAAUUGCUGAGCAGCCUGUGAGUGAAGUUGAAACCAGAAUUGUAUCCUGUGAUGGUGGAGGAGGAGCUCUGGGACAUCCUAAAGUGUAUAUAAAUUUGGACAAAGACACAAAGACGGGAACAUGUGGUUACUGUGGACUUCAGUUUAAGCAGAAGCACCAUCACUGAAAUGCUUUUCUUACUGUGUCCUUCAGAACUGUUAACUUUCUAUCUUAUAAUAUUAAAUAUGUAUUUUAAAGGGCA